AACUUAAUUAGAAGAAUGAAGAUGAGGUGUGGAGACAGUUAGUUGACAUGCUAUCUCUUCUAAAAAAUCCACAGCAAGACCAAAAUUCACCUCUGCCUCGCCUUCUCCACUUCCCCUCCAUUAACAGUGUUAUACACUUUUACUUUGAUCAAAACUGUGUUCCUCUUUUGUCGUUAGUACAAGGGCAAUUUUGAAACAGAAACAGAGAGAUACUAUUUCUUUUCUUUUCUUUUUCUAUUGCUAUUCCAUUGGAGUGGGCAAUAAUCCUUGUAGCUGGAAAGAAGAGCAGAAAGGGUUCCACAGAAAAUUAUCUUUUUAAAAAAUAAAAAUAAAAAUUGAAUUUUGAGCUAUAUUAUUGGCCAUUGCGAAUGCUCCCAAUAAUAUUCCUUCCGUUUUAAUUUCAUCUUUUGAAUGCAGUUUUAUCAUUCAGUGAUGAGAAUGGAUGCAGAUUGGCUCUAGAAAUCUACUUGAGAGUCAUAGCAGUUGCUACAGUCAUGAUGGAAAUCGAGGAGAAAGAGAAAAUCGUGAUAGCCAAACCAGUUGCAUGUAGACCUCGUUUCUCCAAUUCGAAAUCAUUAUCGGUCCUUCUCUCUGUUACAACUGAUGCUUCUCCACCUCCUGCUUUUACUGAAGCUGCUACAGUCAUAAGACCAACGACAGUGCGCUUUAAGCCGGACAGCAAUCUUGAUUUGGAUGAGGCUGCUGCUUGCCAUCCAACUAAAAGGGCCCUAGAAUCUAACACCGCGUGCAGUGUGGUCUACAAACCAAUAGCUAAGCUUGUUUCAAGGACAACAGUUUCUCUCCUGUCGAAUUUGGGGGGUAAUGGUAUUGCCCCGACACAAGAAGUUGGCAAGGAUGGUAAUAGAGUACCUUCAUCAAACCAAGUAACUCACCAAUCCGGCACCAAAUUAAAGAUCCAUCCUGAUUUCCCCACACAGUCGGAACAUAGGGCAACUACUUCAGUAGAAAAUCAUGCACAGGAAACCAAAUUCUCAAUCCCUGCAAAUAUCAGGGAUCGGACUUCAUAUGAUGGUCACAAUUGGCGUAAAUAUGGACAGAAACAGGUUAAAGGAAGUGAGUAUCCUCGAAGUUACUACAAGUGUACAUACCCGAACUGUCCCGUAAAAAAGAAAGUAGAAAAAUCACUCGAUGGGCAGAUUGCAGAGAUAGUUUACAAUGGUGAGCAUAACCACUUAAAGCCCCAGCCACCUGAUCACACUCCAGCAGAUGGACACACACAGAUGCCAGUUUAUGAUGCCGCUCGGAAAGAGGUGCAAAGUCAUGUGAUAAAUCAACAAUCUGACGCAGUGAGAGCUCAUCAAGGGGGAUCAGACAUUCAGGAUCUUACCGAAUCAUCUAACCAAUCAACUUUUUCCGCUACUCCACCAACCAAUUAUACUGUUGCAUCUGCAGCAUGCAAUGCUGGCCCCUCAGUGUCCCAUAAUUCGCUGGGUGAAUGUGAUGAAGUUGGUAGAUUUGUCGAUGCAGAAGGUGGUGCCUUCAGAAGCAAAAGAACGGAAUCCGACAACCAAUUACCCAGAGCAAGCAUGGCUGGGGAAGCCUCAUCCAUUGUCGUUCAGAACCAUACUGAUUCUGGCAUAAUCGGGGAUGGAUACCGCUGGAGGAAGUACGGCCAGAAAGUAGUGAGGGGAAAGAAGUACCCUAGGAGUUACUACAGAUGCACCAACCCGGACUGCAACGUGAGGAAGUAUGUAGAGAGAACCUCUGAAGAUCCAGGCACAUUCAUAACGACGUAUGAAGGCAAACACAGCCAUGCCAUGCCAAUGAAAACUGCAAAUGUAGAGGCAUCCAAGACAAGUACCAAAAACUGAACCCAUCCAAGGAGAGAGAAGAUUUUGCUCGGACUUCCCAAUCAUUGAUGAGGCAUGUUAACUGGGAUGUAAUGUAACUUAAUUUGUUUUUCUGCAUUUUUCAUCAUUCUCUACAAUCAAACAAUAUGUAACCAAAUUUUAAUUAUUGGCUAUCUUAUUCUGUAUUUCUUCCUUUA